UCAAACAAUUGUUAGAGAAGUUGAAAGAGUGUGUUUUCGAAAUGCUGGGUGAUUUCACGCAAACUAAUAUCUCGAUAAACGAUACGAACAGCUCUAUUGGUGGAAAUGACACUGAUAAUGCUAUCUACAACAAGAUAUCGGCUGCCCCACUUUUCCUAUCGAUCUACGCUAUCAUAUUUAUAUUUGCGGUUGGUGGGAAUUGUCUGGUGAUCUGGAUUGUCGCGACCAAUCGUAAAAUGCACGAAGUCACCAUCAACUACCUGCUGGUCAAUCUGGCUCUUGCUGACCUCAUUCAAACAUU